CUUUGAGCAUGUGCCAUCACAGAUCAGAAUCGGUUUCCGGUUUCAGUUACUUAUCAUUUCUUUUACUUCUCACGACGCCCGUCUUUGACACCAUCUGAUCUUAAACGACCAUACUAAAUGAAUUCCGAUUCCUCAAAUAUACUACAUCAUUCAGUCAUAUCAAUAUCUAGGUACCUGUUACUGUGUUCGGAAAAUUCAUAGCCAUUCAAAACAGCAACAGAGUAAUAUCAACUCGAUAAUUCACUAACUCCUAAUAUUUGCAAAGAAAAUACGUAUCCAGAACCUGCGUCUCUGAUUUUAAGGUUAGGCCUGUCGUCUCACUAAAGAGCAAGAGCUACAUUCAAACCCCCACUACACCACUGCACUGCACUUUUACUUUCAAGCCACGUGUGGACGUACUUAAUCGCAGUAGGUAGUGGACCUAAUCUUAGAACAUUACCUAACAAUUAAACUUUACUCAGCCUCGUCUUUCCACCUCUUUCUUUCUUCAUCCGUCUCUUGACGAGAUCGCUUUCACCAACCAACUUUCUCGUCGCUAUAUCACAUACAUUACAGGAAUCUAUUUUAAACCGCCCAUCAUGUCGCCCUCCAAACCCGCCAACGGCAUAAAAAGAUCGGCACCCGCCUCAUCGGCCGCAUCUCCAUCCGGCGCGAAUACGAGCAAGACCGACAACAAGCGUCAGAAGCGCGACGGGAAUGCUGCUGCGACGAAUCAUGCCCCGACCCCAACGCCCGCUGCCGUCGCUGCUGCCGCUGCUGCGAAAGACUUCGGCGAACACAGUAAUACGCAUCUUUCAUUCGCUGUCGAAUUCCUCAAAGAAAAGCGCAGUCCUAGGCCCCUACAGGAGAUCUUAGAUCACCUGACGCUGCAACACCUCCCCGAGGACCAGCAACGCGCAUUCGUUCAAAGUCUGAAAACCCACUCGCGCAUCCUAUUCAGCCCAGCCCCCAAAUCCAAAGCUAGUUCAAGCCAGCAACCCGAAUGGCGCACCGGUACAUAUGAGUAUAGAGCCAAAUUUCCCGGUGUAGUUUCCAAGAUAAAACUGCUGGAAUAUUUGCAACAGAGAAAGGAUCAAGGAGGCAUUUCAAUCAAGGAUAUUAAAGAUGGCUGGCCGGACUGCGAUAAUGCUAUCGAAGAGCUAGAGCGAGAACACAAGGUCAUGGGUAUACGAACCAGAAAGGACACCCACGCACGAAUUAUCUGGCCCGAUGUUCCAGAGCUACAUCACGAUGUAGACCCGGAAUUUCGAGUAAUGUGGUUCCAAGAGGCCCUACCCUCUGUCGAUGAAAUGCCUAGGAAGCUGAAGGCACUGGGUCAGAAGGCCACAAGUGAGGUGAAGAACAUAAAUCUCGGUCAGAAGGCUCCGCCGAAGCGCAAGAAGGCCUCUCGUGUUCAGAAGAAAUUCGAAAAUGAGCACAUGAGGAACAUCUUCGAGCAGCACAAGCGCAAGUGAACUCAGCCCAAGUCACUCAGUAGGAAAACUUAGGGUGUGUACGUUAGUGAGAGCAUUGGUAUUGCAUUAGGGUAUUUCUACGGUAUUCCCAAAAUCAAGAAAAGGAGAAAGGGGAAGCGAGCAUUCACGGCGUUCGGUUGGUCUUAUUUGAUGAGGUGUUUCGGAACGAAAAGGGGAGGGCAAUUUUGCCCUAUAUAUACCUGGGACUUUCCGAAUAAGCAACAUGCCCCACUGCGUUAUCCCCAUAAAAAGGUAUAGGUUUGAAGUAAACUUGAGACUAAGUGGUUCUGCCAUUGCUGUCUUUUACUAAGGCGUGACUUUGAUAUGGGUCCGCCAAAAAGUUAUAGAAAAGAAACCAGCUUUACAAAGAUAUAACCUGCUGUAAGAAACUAAGUGGUCAGGUCAUGAUUCUAGCAAACUACCUAAGCUAAAGCUACCAUAGAAAGCCAUUCUUAUUCUCUCCAUGUUUCUAAUUCGUUCCCUUUUCCAUCUGGCCAGAAUUUUAUCAUCCAGGCCUCGAUACUAGAAGAACAUUACAUAAAAAGAAAACAAAGGAAAU